GCUCAAUAUACGUGGAGGUGUGGUAAUCUGGUCUUUGAUCAAACAUUCACUUUUAGAAUCCAUCAAGCAGUCUUGAUCCCUCAAUUUAACAAGUAUAGUUUCGAAGGAUGAGUAUGUCCAUCCAGCCCGAAAACGUUUACACGGUCCAAUCUUUGGCGCUACACCAAUUGUUUUGGAAGGCUGCAAAAUUAAAUAUCCCCCCAUUCCUGCCAACACUCGUUUGGCUGGAAGUUUUUCUGGAACCCAUCGCUGGAAUCUUGUAUAUCAUCAGUGCGAUCCCAUCAAUUCGGAAAGAAGGUUUCUGGUUAUAUAAAAUGGAGACAAACGGUAUGAUCCGACCAAAUACUAGCACACUCAUUCCCAUCUUUGUGCUUCUAUAUAUCACCUGCAGUCUGUCCUCAUUAAUAUGUCUCCUAAUCGACAUGGACUCGAUGACCAUUUUAUCAACAAGAACUGUUUUCCUGAGUUUGAUCUCAUAUCCUAUCCUGCUUUGCACAGGCUGGACAAAAAUAUGGAAUGUCUUGCAAGCGAUACCACUGACGAAGUACGGACUAGCGACGAUGAGGCAAACAAAUGGUGAUUCAAGCCUGAAGUUCUUCAGACCCAGAACCAUCAAUCUUCUUUCAGUUUUCCUAUACGGUUUCCCUGUUAUUUUUGGCAGCGUCACCAUAGGAAUGCUCACAAAUGAGGUUUCAAAAAUCACCCAGACAUUCAUGGAAUACAACCAUGGCUAUUCCGAUAUUAUCAGUGGACAAAUUGACAAUGAGUCGAUAGCAAGAUUGAAUUAUCUAGCCAUACAACAAUUGAUAUCCAUGCUUCACAGGAGUGAAAAAGCACUUCUCCUUUCACGGUUAAUCGGCUUUGGCUGUUUUUUCAACGGCCUUUUCUUACUAUCCGUCAUGUCGUUUGGCUACUAUCGGAUCUUGAAGGCUGUUGGAUAUCAAAUACAUACUUUUCGCAAAGCAUCAGAACACCAAGCCCCUCUCGCAUUCGCCGUUGGAACAUUGCAGAGCUCCUACAAACUCGAAUCGACACCAGUUCCUAACAGCUUCAAUUCGACUAGCUCGGGUUCCAUUCGAACUCAGGCCAGGCGCUCCCCCAGCUUGAUAUGGAUAACUACCCACCUUCCCACUUGGCUCCCUUCUUUACGCCCGGAUCCAGAAUUCUUAGGAAAGCCAGAUCCGGCUUCGCCGAAUACUCACUUUGAUUCACAGAAGUGGGAAAGCCUUAACCAAGAAAUGAUUCAUUCUCAGUACAAAGCCCUUAAAAGGUACAAAGUAAAUCUGAUUUGGCAGGCUUCCUGUAACACACUGAUAGUACUUUCUUUCUUGGGACUAAAUGUUACGGUUUUCAGUAACCUGUUGCAGGUCCCCGUGCGCUAUUCUCUCUCUGAUUUGAUUUGGGUUACAAUCACUUGGGCGAGUUGGUCGUGGAUCUUAACAGUCGGUCUACCUUUUGGUGUUGUAGCAUGUAUUGUUGCGUUCUCACCUCCAAUCACUGCUCUCAGAGAAAAUGAGGAACGUGUGGAAGAGUUUGAUGAUUGAAAUCUGUAAUCGAUUGCCAGCUCGAUGUGUUUAGCUUUAUUUCAUAGACCGUACCAAUCAUUAGCCGUUAUGGUCAAAAGCCAGAUACUUGAUAUGUGUAGGCAGGGCCUCCUGACAAGAAAAAUCUGUUUUAGUAUACAAAACGACAUAAUAAUUCGGCGAGCAAGCGGCAAAACAUGACUUCUUCUUGCCUUUGGUCUUUUCUGGCACCCA